AUGCGUUUGGAAGAAUUUAGCAUUGAGAUUUUGGUAAAUGGACAACCAUUGGAUGAAUACAGUCUUCCGAUUGAAAAUUCAAGUAGCGUGACCACCGGCAGAUCAUAUGUGAUUAGUAAUGAAUACACAAAGGAAAAGAAAUACAGCAAUCAUACGACAUAUGUUGCCGUGCACGAACCAGGAUCACGAUUCGUAGUUCGUUAUUCGUCAAAUAGAUCAAGUUUGUGGAAUCCGAUGAUGGCCUAUGUUUAUGUGGAUGGAGAAUAUGAUUAUACCUAUCGAGAAAUACUUUCAUCAUCAUUUCGCGAAAAAGAUUGUUUUUGGAAUAAUUCACUCGACAAAAAAUAUUAUUUCAAAUUCGCCGUCACUGAAAUGAGCGACACCUCUAGUCUAAAUCAACUCACCGAACAAAAAUCAUGUGGAGGAUUAGGUGCGAUCUCAAUUUAUUUCUACAAAGCCAGGAUCAUUCCUCAGAAGAAUGUUGUCAUACCACCUUUCUCGGUGAAUCAAGCCCAGGUUUCAGAAUCGAAAACCAAUGUUGAUAUUAAGAUGACGACGGCAUUCGAAGAGGAAGGAGGAUAUGUAAACCGUCAACCGAUCUCUACCAUGGAGAAACAGAGUGAUGAUCCAAUUGCUGUAUUACACCUUCACUAUCGUCCCGUGGAUUGGCUUAGAGCCCGCGGAUUUGACAUCCCUCAUGAAUCAGAAAACGUGACCAAAUGCAAAGUGAUCCGAGAGUGCGCUAUUCAACCUGUGAUUAUAUAG